ACUCUUUACACACUCCAAUGUGGUUCUCCAAAUCAAACUUCCCUACAGCUGGUAAAACAGCAAUUAUAAUCGGUGCCUCUCAGGGAAUUGGUGCUGAUUUAGCCUUGAAAUUGUACCAAAAGAACUGUUCAGUCAUACUAGUUGCCCGGACAGAAUCUAAACUAAUCCAACAAAUCACUAGAAUCAAAUCUUCCAUUGGUGAGAAUGAAAACGUCAAAUUGUCAUACUACACAUGCGACGUUUCCAACUAUGACAAUUGUGUUGAUCUUUGGCAGAAAGUCGUGAACGACGGGAAUGACCCAGAUAUAAUCUUUUGUUGUGCUGGGUCAAGUGUUCCUAAAUUGUUCAAUGAUUUGACCAAACAAGAUAUCCAAUCGGGUAUAACUAUAAAUUACAACACUGCUAUUAAUACUAUCCAUACUGGGUUCAAGCAAUUGUUGGAGAAGGAAAACAAACACCGUCAUGUGAUUUUGUUUAGUUCAGUGGUUAGUUUCUAUCCAUUUAUCGGAUACCUGCAAUACGCACCUAUGAAAGCGGCCAUCCAAUCCUUAUCGAUUGUCCUUCGUCAAGAAUUGGCGCCAUACAACUAUAGAGUUUCAUGUAUAUUCCCAGGGAACUUCCAAAGUGAAGGUUACGAACAAGAACAAUUGACCAAACCGGAAAUCACAAAGAAAAUCGAAGGGUCAAGUCACGCCAUACCAGGAGAAGAAUGUGCAGAUUUAAUCAUUGACCAAUUGAGCAAAGGCUACGACACAGUGACUACAGAUUUCAUUGGUUGGUUACUUGGAUGUUCCGUGUUGGGAGUCUUGCCUCGUCAAUGGGGAUUCUUUCAAAUCAUCGUCAGCUUCUUAUUUUCAAUAUUUGCUCCGUUGGCUAAUUGGUUUGUUAAUAGAGAUAUACAAGAUUCAUUUGACAAGUCCAAGAAAGAUUAAAUAUGUAUUAGCUAGUUCUUAUUUAUAUAUGACAACACCUUCUUAUCGAGAUUGAGUCCUAAAUCAUACCAGUCAAUAGAAUAGAUCCAAUUCACAGCAGUUAUAAUCUCUUCGUUCCAAAUAUCUUUGCACGUCUCUUUGAAGUUACGGUUUGUAGUCAAUAUGCGUGAGUCUCUAGGGGUGUUGUCUUGUGGUAUGGCCUCUUGGUUGACAAUUCGUUGUGUGAUUCUGUUGGAUUGUCUCAACUGUUGAGAAAUAAAUUGUUGGUUUUUGUGAAUGUAUUCAGUAGUGUAAUAUGUAAAUACAGAGGUUAAUAAAACCCCUCCUAAAAAGCCAUGAAUUCUACCUCCCAUAUUGCCGUAUUGUAUC